AUGGAUGAAGUUUCACUGAACACGGAGCCAGCGGGCGAUGAUGAUGCUGAUGAAUUUGAGAUUGAAGGAGACUGUGCAAUGACAGAUUUUAUCAGUCAAACUGGCAUUAUUCAAGGAGAGAACCCUCUCCCUCCUGUUGUUGGAAUGGAAUUUGAUUCUUAUGAGGAUGUGUAUUACUUCUACAAUUGCUAUGCCAAGCAACAGGGAUUUGGGGUUAGGGUAAGCAAUACAUGGUAUAGAAAGAGCAAGGAAAGAUACAGAGGAAAACUUAGCUGCAGUAGCGCAGGUUUCAAAAAGAAAAGUGAAGCAAAUCGCCCAAGGCCAGAAACUAGAACCGGUUGUCCAGCAAUGAUAAAGUUUAGGUUAAUGGACUCAAACAGGUGGAGAGUUAUUGAAGUUGAGCUUGAGCACAACCACUUGAUUAGUCCAGCAAGUGGAAAAUUUUAUAAAUCUCACAAGAGCGUAGGUGUUGGAACUAAAAGAGCGUUGCAGUUAGAUACUGCUGAAGAAGUGCAAAAGAUCAGGCUAUUUCGAACAGUCAUCAUUGAUUCUGAGGUUAAUGGAAGCAUAGAUGUUGAUGAAGGAGAAUCGGGGAAUAGAGUUGACUACUCCAAUCAAUUGAAGCUUAAAGAAGGAGAUGCCCAAGCAGUUCAGAAUUACUUUUCUCGCUUGCAGUUAAUGGAUCCAAACUUCUUUUAUGUGGUGGAUCUAAAUGAGAAAGGAUGCUUGAGAAAUUUGUUCUGGGCUGAUGCGAGGACAAGGGUUGCUUACAGUUAUUUCUGUGAUAUAGUUGCCAUUGACACUACAUGUUUGGAAAACAAGUUUGAAGUCCCGCUGGUGUCAUUUAUUGGAGUAAAUCAUCACGGACAAUCUGUGCUGCUAGGCUGUGGUUUACUUGCAAGUGAGACAGUUGAAUCCUAUACAUGGUUGUUUAGAGCUUGGCUUACAUGCAUACUGGGACGCCCUCCUCAAGCGAUCAUUACCAGUCAAUGCAGAACAUUGCAAACUGCCAUUUCUGAUGUUUUCCCUAGAGCUUCUCAUUGUCUUUGCUUAUCACAUAUAAUGCAAAAGAUUCCAGAAAAUUUGGGAGGAUUGUUCGAGUAUGAAGCAAUUAAAGAAUCUUUUAGUAGAGCAGUUUACUACUCUCUGAGGGUGGAGGAAUUUGAAGCAGCUUGGGAGGAUAUGGUCCAGCACCAUGGAAUUAGGGAUCAUAAAUGGCUUCAAGCAUUAUUUGACGAUCGGAAGCGGUGGGUUCCAGUAUAUUUGAAGGAUAUAUUUUUGGCAGGGAUGUCCCCUGUGCAACCAGGUGAGGUUGUCUCUUCAUACUUCAAAGAAUUUCUUCAUAAAGAUACUCCUUUAAAGGAAUUUUUAGAUAAGUAUGAUCAAGCUCUGCAAACGCAUCAUCGGCUGGAAGCCUUGGCAGAUUUGGAUUCAAGAAAUUCGAGUUAUAUGUUGAAGUCAAGAUGCUAUUUUGAGUUGCAACUCUCCAAAGUGUACACUAAUGACAUUCUUAGGAAGUUUGAAUCGGAGGUAGAAGGAAUGUACUCUUGUUUCAGCACUAGUCAGUUAAAUCCUGAUGGGCCAGUCAUAACAUACAUAGUGAAGGAACAAACUGAAGUUGAUGGAAAUAGGAGAGAGGUGAGAGACCAUGAGGUUUUGUAUAAUCCAUCUGAGAUGGAGGUCCUUUGCAUCUGUGGCAUGUUCAACUUGAGGGGAUAUUUGUGCAGGCACGCACUAUCAGUCCUUAACCAAAAUGGCGUGGAGGAGAUCCCGGCUCAAUACGUCCUUUCGCGAUGGAGAAAGGAUAUUAAACGCAAUUACAUUUUUGAUCAUAGCUGCAGUGGCAUUGACAUUAAUAACCCAGUUCACAGGUAUGACCAUUUGUAUAAAUGCAUUGUGCAAGUUGUGGAAGAAGGGAGGAAAUCACAAGACCGAUACAAGGUUGCAUUCGGGGCUUUGGAUGAGAUAUUGAAUAAGCUUUGUCUUACAGAGGAUCCCGCCCUGUAA